UCACUAUAACUGUGGGUUUCUUUCUCAUCUGUUUUUGUUUGUAUUAAGAGGCUCAAUUUUUUAAACACUUCUAAUUUGUAUUAAGUAUGUCUGAAUCCGUCAGUGUUGAACCUUUGAAACGUAAAUCUUUAGAAGAAAUUGCUCCUGCUUCUAAAAAGGUUAAUCAAAAUAAUCCAAAAGAUAAAAGCAGGAAUUGUCCUUAUUUAGAUACUAUCAACAGGAAUGUACUGGAUUUUGAUUUUGAAAAACUUUGUUCCGUCUCUAUCUCUCGGAUCAACGUAUAUGCUUGUUUAGUUUGUGGAAAAUAUUUUCAAGGACGAGGACCAAACACUCAUGCUUAUAUGCACAGUGUCCAGGCAGGACACCAUGUAUUUCUUAAUCUACAGACACUGCGAUUCUACUGCAUUCCUGACAAUUAUGAAAUCAUUGAUUCCUCUCUUGACGAUAUCACGUAUGUGCUGAAACCAACUUUUACUAAAGAAGAAAUCGCUGCUCUGGACCAGAAUGAUAAACUCUCUCGAGCUUAUAAUGGAAUGACAUAUAUGCCAGGAAUUGUUGGUUUGAACAAUAUAAAAGCUAAUGAUUACUGUAAUGUGAUUUUACAGGCUCUGUCACAUGUUCCGCCUCUCCGAAAUUUUUUCUUGAGAGAGGAGAAUUACAUGUCCAUAAAGAGACCGCCUGGAGACACUCUCUUCCUAUUGGUACAGAGAUUCGGUGAACUACUUCGUAAACUGUGGAAUCCACGGAACUUCAAGGCCCAUGUAAGUCCUCAUGAGAUGCUGCAGGCUGUUGUGCUUUGCAGUAAGAAGAUGUUUCAGAUCACAGAGCAAGGGGACCCUAUUGCAUUUCUGUCUUGGUUCCUUAAUAGCUUGCAUUCUGCUCUGAAUGGGACAAAGAAGCCAAACAGCAGCAUAGUUUAUAAAACUUUUCAAGGUGCUCUCAGGAUAUACACACGAACAUUGUUGCCUAUUGAUGCAACAGAAGAGGAAAAGCAACAACUCUUGAUGAAUGAAGAAUAUCAAGAAAAAGUAGAAGAUACGACUUUUCUGUACCUGACCUUGGAUUUACCCCCUCCUCCACUAUUCAAGGAUGAGCUGACAGAAAACAUCAUCCCACAGGUCCCCCUGAUUAACAUCUUAGCCAAAUUCAAUGGCAUCAGUGAGAAAGAGUACAAAACUUACAAGGACUCCAAAAUGAAGAGAUUUGAAAUUACACGACUGCCACCUUACCUCAUCCUUUUCAUAAAGAGAUUCACAAAGAAUACUUUUUUCAUUGAAAAGAAUAAUACAAUUGUGAACUUCCCCAUCAAAAAUGUAGAUUUCUCCGAAAUCUUCCAGCCAGAAGCGCACGAGAAGCAGGCCAUCUACGAUCUCAUCGCCAAUAUAGUGCACGACGGAGAGCCCGGAUCUGGGAAGGGUACUUACCGGACUCACAUACUGCACAGGGGUUCUGGCAAGUGGUACGAGAUGCAAGAUCUGCAUGUGACGGAAAUUCUCCCUCCCAUGAUCACGCUGUCUGAGGCGUAUAUUCAGAUUUGGGAACGAAGGCCGACUGAAAAACUCCUGCAAAAGAAUGGAAAUUGAAAAUCACGAUCCAUCAUUGUAAAUAAUUAUAAUUUCAUCUUUUUUAAAGUCAUAAUGAAAAAUGACCUAAUAAAGUGUUAUCAAAGAA